GGCGAGGCGACUCCAGGACAGUCUCCAGUCAGGUGCGGGAGUCUGAGUGUUGGAGAGUGGGUAGGGGCGGAGCGGACCCGCCCCUACAAAGAGUCGUGUUCAAGGUGCGAUUCAAAGUUACGAGGGGCACCGACGUGUCAACGCUUUAGAUUCGGCCCAAGCUUGCCGGCUUGUGGAAGUCUCAGGCACAGCCGAAAGGUAUCUUCAGUCACGACUCAAGAGAUUGAGGACGGUCUGAACUCAAGUCAUGAACGGAAGUCUCCUGUUUCCUGCGACCCCUCCUCUCACACCACCUUCACGACAACCACAGCGCCCUUUCUUCUUGACCGUGUCAUCACACGUUUCGUGCAGUGUACACCAAGCUCUCACACUGUUCGUGCUGAACUGGGCCACAAUAGAGAACCCUACAGCUAAGGCUUGUUCAGCCUUACCGUUGGCGAGAUGCCCACCAGUGACUUCUUUCCGGGCAGUCCCGUCAGAUCUGACGAGGACUACGUAGACAUUUCGGGCUCACCGCUCUUGAUCUCAGGACAAUUGUCAGAAGGAACGCUGCGACCGAUUCAGCUGAGCACGCGCAUCUCGCAAGUGCGAGUUCCAGUCCCAACUCAGCCUUACGAAGCAUGGAUCACAGCCAUCGUAGUGAGAGAUGACUUUCAUCGAGCACUUGCAGCCUCUGGAAAAGAUGGUUCGGAAGAGGCGAGCAAGCCUGCAGCGGUCGACGAAGACGAAGACGAGGAUGAAGGCGCAGCGAAGCGGCGAUCAGACAAGCUCAAAGCGCAGCAGCUGGAAGCUCGGAUCGCCUUGGCAGCGCGCUUCCUCGGCUUCCUUGCAGCAAAGCUCAACGAAACGCAGCGGAGCGGCCGCAUUGCGUCUGCAGCUGAUCAGCGCAGGCACAGCGUUGCCUCGCGCGAGAGCAGUCGAAGCACCAGUCCCAGCCAAAAGCCUGGGGCAAUGACUCACGAGUCGAACAUUCUUCAAUGCGCUUGGGCGGCAUUCAACCAGCAAUUCUUGGUCAGGCAACUCACUGACCUGCACAAAGUCACCGCCAACUUCGAUUCUGAUUUGCGCACCGAGGUACUAAGGUCAUAUUACGAUGCUCUGGUCGUCUUGGAGCGAGCGGCUGGAUCGGGAGAAGGCGCGGUGCAGAAGCCUGCCCUCCAGACGCCCCUCUUGCUGAGCCUUGCAGCCAAGAAGCAAGCUGGCAUUUUUGCAAUCUUUGGUGGACAAGGAAACAAUGAAGUCUACUUUGACGAACUUCAAGAGCUCUUCAACACGUAUAGACCUUUGGUGGCGCCCCUCCUGCAGGCUGCAACAGAGCGACUUGAGGCUCUAGUUGAGGAGGCGACACUCAAUGGCUUCGAAAGCUACUACGUGCACCAAGCGGAUGUAUUUGGAUGGCUUACUGGUCGCACUGCGAAACCGCCCGCCAGCUAUCUCGCCAGCAUUCCUUUGAGCUUGCCGUUGAUCGGUCUUACACAACUCACUCAGUUCUUGGUGUCAUGCAGAGCCAGUGGUCUGACCCCAGGACAGUUCCGCGACCGCGUGCUAGGCGCCACAGGCCACAGCCAAGGCAUCGUUGCUGCGCUCGUUCUUGCAACUUCAGAUGACGAGCCCUCUUUCAUUGAGAACUGUGUCAAGGCACUCGGCCUCUUGUUCCACAUUGGCAAGCGCGGACAGGAAAGCUUCCCUGCUUUGUCAUUGGACGCCGCCUUGGUCGCAGACUCCGUCGAAGGAGGGGAAGGAGAGCCGACGCCAAUGCUGUCUGUUCAAGGUCUCGCUAUUCGAGCGCUCGAGGGAGCCGUCGCAGCCGUCAACAAGCAUAUCCAGGAUGCAGCACACAGGAUCGACGUGUCUCUCUUCAACGGACCUUCGUCCUUUGUCGUGACUGGCCCGCCUCGUUCCCUCUUUGGCCUCGUAGGGCAUCUGCGCUCGAAGAGAGCCGAUCCAAACGCCGACCAAAGCAAGCUUCCGUGGAGCAAGCGGAAGCCUGUAUUCCACAUGCGCUUCUUGCCGGUAGGCGUGCCAUAUCACUCAUCACAUCUCCUCGGCGCUACAGAGAAGGUGGCGUCCAUCGACUACCAGGAAGCUUGCAUAUGGCGACCGAGAGACCUCAAGACGGUCGUGCGCAACACCUAUGAUGGAUCAGACAUGAGCGCUUACGCAGAAGAUACUAGCCUCCUGCGAUCCAUCUGCGACCAAAUUUUCACCCAUCACAUCCACUGGACCAAGGCCUGCGACGUUCCACCCUCCACUACGCACUGCGUCGACUUUGGCACAGGAGGCUUGUCAGGCAUUGGAGGUCUGACCUUGCGGAAUUUGGAGGGGCGUGGUGUUCGCGUGGUGACAGUCUCGGGCAGGCAUAGGUACAGUCCAGAGCUGUACGACGUUGCUGCUGUGCAAAGAGAGAGACCGUGGAGCGACUUUGCGCCCAAGCUCGUCAAGACUCCAAAUGGCCUUCAGCUCGACACGCCUCUCUCGCGCAUCCUCGGAAGGCCGCCGAUCACCGUCGGCGGUAUGACACCGACGACGGUGCAGGCGGGCAUCAAUGCUGCUACCGCACAAGCAGGGUACCACAUCGAACUUGCUGGAGGUGGUCACUACAACGCCAAGAUGCUGCGAGACAAGAUCGACACGCUUCAAGACCAGGUCGAUCCCGGGGUGGGGUUCACGCUCAACUCUCUAUACAUCAACCAGCGCCAAUUCAGCGUGCAGUAUCCAGAGUGGCUGGCUAUGCGAAGGGAAGGCUACCCCUUGCAGGGCUUCACAUGCGCGGCAGGCAUCCCCUCCCCAGAGAAGGCAAAAGAGAUGAUCGAAGGUCUGCAAGCGGCCGGCUUGCGUCACAUCACUUUCAAGCCCGGAUCUGUGGACGGUAUCAGGCAAGUCUGCACCAUCGCAGAGAAGAAUCCCACCUUUGGCAUCAUUCUUUGCUGGACAGGUGGACGUGCAGGUGGACAUCACUCACCAGAGGAUAUGCACUCGCCCAUUCUCUCCACGUACGGCCGCAUUCGAGCGCAUUCGAAUCUGGCCUUGGUCGGCGGAUCAGGAUUCGGCUCAGCAGACGACUUCUGGCCUUACCUGACCGGCGAUUGGAGCAAGGAGAAAUUCGGCACCCAGCCCAUGCCCUUCGAUGGUGUCAUGUUCGGCUCGUGGAUCAUGGUAGCCAAGGAAGCUCACACUGCAGACCCUGUCAAGGAAUUGAUUGUCAAAGCGCCAGGAUGCGGAGAUGAAGAGUGGGAGACCACUCACGGCAAGGACGGAAAGAGCGGAAUCAUCUCCGUCGUGAGCGAGCUUGGAGAAAGGAUCCACGUUGUUCAGAACAGGUGUACUGACCUUUGGCGCGAGCUCGACGAGAAACUAUUCUCGCUAUAAUGUGGAUAAAUUUGGCUUGCCAAGACCCCUGCAUGUUCGACUCUGUCACUGACGCGCAAUAGAUGACUUGAUGAUACGAUGA